CCCUGCUGGAGUCCGGGUACCUAGGAAGCUGGGGAGGAUGGGGCUCCCAGCUGCAGGGGCAAGGCCAUACUGGGGAGGUCCCCCUGACCAGCCUUGCUGGUCCCCUGUGCCCUAACUCGAAGCCCCAGAGGCCUGACCCCUGCCCUCCAUGUACGCUCCGCCCGGAAGGUUCCGGCUGCAACCCGAACUCCCACUGAGCACAAACCUGACCCCCCAGGAAGCUUCCAGAACACAAGGGCCUCCUUCACCCGGACACCUGCAGCUUAUGUAAGCUGCUCAGCCCCUCUGGGUCGCAGCUUUUCUUACCAGAGAUAAGAGUGGCUUGCGGUGAGGGUAGAAGAGAGAGGACAGUGGGAAGCGGGGGGAGGUGGGGGUACGCCACAAACUAGGAUGGUGUCUGCAGGGCAGAGGCUGACGGAGCCUGGGGUGGGGAUGGUGGCUGCCCUCGGCGGCUGGGGGAGGCCCAGAUAGAGCCCCGAGUGGCAGACGUCCUGGGCACUGCUUGCCACAGGCUGGUUCAGGGCCUGGACUCCCUGUCCCGAGCAGCAUUUGGCCCCCAGGAGCCCUAGAGCUGGGCCUGGGCCUUGGUGUCCCGUCAGUAGCAGGGGGCGGGGGUGCCUGUCACUUGCUGGGAGUCUGGGCUGGUGAGGGGGGCCAGGUGGGGGGCUGGCAGGACAGUCUCAUGCCCCUCCACCCCCUUGUAGUUCUCUGUGUUGGGGUUUGGUUUGAGAGCGCAUUGAGGUAAUAGUCUGGACGGUCUGGUGGCCUUACCCGCCCACACACCCCACACUGAGGCUGAGUGCCUGCGACGGAGGCGGGGAGACCCCGGCUGCCUCUGAGCCCCCCUGCCCCAGCAUUCCCAUCCUGCCCCACCCCAGUUGAUCCUGUGCAGCCUCUUCUUGGGGGCUGGGGCCCAGGGACUGGGUCCCCUACGCUGUCUGGAUCGGGCUCUGGAAGGUGCCUCUCGGUGGCCCCCAGGAGAGAGGGGAGCGUGGUGAUGGGCGGCAGGGACUGCUGGGGUCUCGCAGGUGGGGGGGCGGCAGGGGCGGGGCGGCUGGGCCUGCGGAUCCCGGCGGUGGGCUGCAAGGCAGCGCUCUGGGACCCCCGGUUUUCUAACUGGGAGCAGAGAUGGAGAGAAGUGAGGACCGAGGCCCUGGAGGGAGGGGGAGCCCUGCAGGCCUGGGGACUCCCAGGGCCUCCUAUGAGGUGUAACCGGACCCCUCUGACCUGCCGGACGCAGGGCAUGCGGUCCUGACCUCCACCUCCCGGGGGGGCCCAUCCUUUAUAUAAGGCCCCAGCAGGCUGGGCAAUAGCCCGUGGCCAUGGCCUUCACGGACCUGCUGGACAGCCUGGGUGGUGUGGGGCGGUUCCAGCUCGUCUACACGGCCCUGCUGCUCCUGCCCUGCAGCCUGCUGGCGUGUCACAACUUCCUGCAGAAUUUUACGGCCGCUGUGCCCAGCCACCACUGCCGGGGCUCCGCCAACCACACCAUGGCCGCCACCAACCACUCGGGGGCCUGGCUGAGGGCCACCGUACCCCUGGACCAGCUCGGGGCCCCUGAACCGUGCCGGCGCUUCACGGAACCUCAGUGGGCCCUCCUGAGCCCCAACACCUCUGUCCACGGGGCAGCCACGGAGGACUGUAAGGACGGCUGGGUCUAUGACCUCAGCACAUUCCCGGCCACUAUCGUGACGGAGUGGGAUCUGGUGUGUGAGGCCCGCCCCCUCCGCGACCUAGCUCAGUCCAUCUACAUGGCCGGGGUGCUGGUGGGCGCCGCCGUAUUCGGCAGCCUCGCGGACAGGCUGGGCCGCAAGGGCCCCCUGGUCUGGUCGUACCUGCAGCUGGCAGUUUCCGGGGCCGCCACCGCCUACUUCGGCUCCUUUGGUGCCUACUGCGUCUUCCGGUUCCUGAUGGGCAUGACCUUCUCUGGAAUCAUCCUCAACUCCCUCUCCCUGGUCGUGGAGUGGAUGCCCACCCGGGGCCGGACCGUGGCCGGGGUCUUGCUGGGGUACUCCUUUACCCUGGGUCAGCUCAUCCUGGCCGGAGUGGCAUACCUGAUCCGCCCCUGGCGCUGGCUGCAGUUUGCUGUCUCUGUUCCGUUCCUCAUCUUCUUCCUCUAUUCUUGGUGGCUGCCAGAGUCAUCCCGCUGGCUCCUGCUGCACGGCAGGUCGCAGUUAGCCGUGGAGAACCUGCGGAAGGUGGCCGUCAUGAACGGGAGAACGCAGGAAGGGGAGAGGCUGACCAAAGAGGUGGUGAACUCCUACCUCCAGAGUGAGAUCGCAAGCGUGCGCACCUCUAACUCGGUCUUGGACCUCUUCCGAACCCCGGCUAUCCGGAAGGUCACGUGCUGUCUCAUGGUGGUCUGGUUCUCCACCUCCAUGGCUUACUACGGGCUGGCCAUGGACUUGCAGAAGUUUGGACUCAGUGUAUACCUGGUGCAGGUCCUGUUCGGGGUCAUAGACAUCCCGGCCAUGCUGGUGGCCACCACCACCAUGAUUUAUGUGGGCCGCCGGGCCACCGUGGCCUCCUUCCUCAUCCUGGCUGGGCUCAUGGUGAUCGUGAACAUGUUUGUGCCCGAAGAUAUGCAGACCCUGCGCACGGCCCAGGCAGCACUAGGCAAAGGCUGCCUGGCCAGCUCGUUCAUCUCUGUGUACCUGUUCACUGGAGAGCUGUACCCCACAGAGAUCAGGCAGAUGGGGAUGGGCUUUGCCUCGGUCAGUGCCCGCUUUGGGGGUCUGGUUGCACCCCUGAUCACCACGCUCGGGGAGUUCAGUGCCAUCCUGCCCCCCAUGGGCUUUGGGGCCACUUCGAUCCUGGCUGGGCUGGCUGUCUGCUUCUUGGCUGAGACCCGCAACGCGCCCCUGCUGGAGACCAUCGAGGCCAUGGAGAGGAGAGUCAAAGGAGGUCUUUCCAAGAAGGAUGAAGAAGAGAAGAGGGAAGAAAUUUCUCUCCAGCAGCUCGGAGCUUCUCCCCUCAAAGAAACCAUCUAAGCUGCCAGAAGCCUCGUGCUGGCUCACAAUACCUCUUUGGAUGUCCAGACACCCCCACGGCUGUUUCUGACGCUGAUGGGGGUGAGGGAGGCCAAGGACUGUCCCAAAGAGCCAGCCACAAACCAGCGCUCUGGUUCCUAGAAAGAAACUGACCACCAGCAGCUGACUGGCAUCACAAAUGU